AUUUCGGUACAUUUAUUGUCUAAAUUUGGCCGGAAGUUCAGGAAAGCUGCAAAGGUUCUCUGGGUACUCUGUAUAUCUAUCGACAACACUGGAUUUGCAAUGGAGGUUAGAAGUAAAGAAGAAAGUACAUCAAUGCAAUUAGGAAUUGAGGAGGAAGUUGAGGAAAAGGAAAAGGAUUUGCUGUCUGAUGAAGAAGGCAUGAAACUCGAUAAACCAGAUGACGACGAAGACGAGGAUGAGGAUGAAGACGAAGACGACGACACAUCUGAAGACGAACGAGAGAGUGAAGCUGAAAUUCAGCGUCUGGAAGAGCAGCUCUCCAUCAAUGCAUUUGACUACAACUGCCAUGUGGACCUCAUCAAGCUUCUGGGCCAGGAGGGGAAACUGCAUCGUCUGCGAAAAGCCCGACUGAAGAUGAGCGAGCUCUUCCCACUCACUGAAGAUAUGUGGCUGGACUGGCUGAAAGAUGAGAUUAGGCUUGCAGAAGACGAUCCUGAUCGAGAGCGGGUGUAUGAGCUAUUUGAGAAGGCAGUCAAAGACUACAUCUGUCCAGAUCUCUGGCUCGAGUAUGCCCAGUACUCCAUUGGGGGAAUGGGGGCACCUGGAGGAAUUGAGAAGGUCAGGACCUUUUUUGAACGAGGCCUGACUGCAGCGGGGUUGCACAUGUUAAAAGGAGCGGCCUUAUGGGAAGCCUACAGAGAGUUUGAGCUCGCUAUAAUGUCCACGUUGGAGCCGGCCCCUGGAGGUGUUUCUACACCACAGCAGCAGGAUCUGCUUAAUGCCCAGCUUGAACGCAUCCAUUCCCUAUUCCGUCGCCAGCUGUCUGUGCCGCUUCUGGAUAUGGAGGGUACGUAUGCAGAGUACACGGAAUGGGCAGAAGAAGGUGUGCCCCAGAUGGUCAGCCAGAACUACAAAAAGACUUUGAAGCAGAUGGAGAUCAUCAAGCCUUAUGAGGAGACUUUGCUGCUCGCGGAGGCUCCGAAGCUUACAGAAUACCAGUCGUACAUUGACUAUGAACUGAAGGCGGGAGAUCCGGCCCGCAUUCAGAUCAUCUUUGAGCGAGCCCUGGUGGAAAAUUGCUUGGUACCAGAUCUGUGGGAGAAGUUUACCACCUACCUGGACCGCCAUCUCAAGAUGAAAGAACUGAUUCUAUCCUCCCAUGAGAGAGCAGUCAGGAAUUGCCCUUGGACCAUGGCCCUAUGGAAGAACUACCUGCUCGCCCUGGAGAGACACACCAUGGAUCACUCCAAUAUAGCGGAUACCUUUGAGAAAUCCCUGAAUGCUGGUUUUAUCCAGGCUACUGAUUAUGUUGAGAUCUGGCAAACGUACCUUGACUACCUGAGGAGGCGGGUGGAUUUCAGUAAAGAAUGUAGCAAAGAGCUGGAGGAGCUGCGGGCAACCUUCUCAAGAUCUAUUGAGUACCUGAAGGACAUCGAGGACAGGUUCAGUGGAAGUGGGGACCUGUCCUGCACACUAAUGCAGAUAUGGGCCAGGAUCGAGGCCUUCCAUUGCAAGAACAUGCAGAAAGCAAGGGAACUUUGGGACAGCAUCAUGACAAAAGGGAAUGCCAAAUAUGCCAACAUGUGGUUGGAAUACUACAACCUGGAGAGAUCCUAUGGCGACUCAUUUCACUGUAGGAAAGCCCUGCACAGAGCAGUCCAGUGCACCUCGGACUACCCAGAGCAUGUGUGCGAGGUUCUACUGACGUUUGAAAGGGUGGAAGGUUCUUUAGAGGACUGGGACACUGCAGUGCAGAAGACCGAGGGCAAACUCUCCCGGGUCACUGAGCAGAGAGCCAGAGCAGCAGAAAAAGAGGCCAAACAGGUGCGACAUGAGGAGGGGAAAGCUGAAGACCGGAGAAGAGUCAAGGCCGACAAGAACACUCUGAAAAAGAGUCAGAAAAGCAAGCACACUGCAAAGAGGAAAGAUAUCUAUGAGGGAUCAGAGCUCCCACCUAAACGACAUCGUGGAGAUGGUGAUCCAGAGGAUGUGGACACUGAGACUGGACAGUUUGGACAUGAAGAACCCCGUCAUAAACACCCAAGUAAACUUGGACCUGGCAAAUGGAGCCAGCAUGGGCAACCAGAGGCUUCGCAGGAGAAGUGGGAUGACGGCUGCUGUGUGUUCAUCAGCAACCUGGCGUUCACCUUACAAGAUCCAGAGGAACGACUAAGAACCGUCUUCCAGACCUGUGGCACUGUCAAGGAGGUUCGACCGAUUUUCUCAGGCCAGGGAACCUUUCGAGGUUACUGCUAUGUGCAGUUCCAGGACACACUAGCUGUCACUGAGGCCCUCAAGCUAGACCGGCAGGAGCUUGAUGGAAGGCCCAUGUUUGUAUCACCAAGCAUAGACAAGAAGAAGAACCAAGACCAAGUUAAGGUAUUCAAAUACAAUACAUCACUGGAGAAACACAAGAUCUUCAUCUCUGGCCUGUCCUACGCCUGCACCCAGCAGCAGCUGGAGGAGUUGAGCAAACCACACGGCACAAUAAAGGCCAUUCGUCUGGUCACCAACCGCUCUGGCAAACCCAAGGGACUGGCGUAUGUGGAGUUUGCCAAUGAGGCCGAGGCGUCACAGGCUGUCCUCAAGAUGGAUGGAAUGGUCUUUCAGGAUUAUACCAUCUCCGUUGCCAUCAGUAAUCCACCUGGAAGAAACACUGAGGCGUCCUCUGGGAAACUACCCAGAAAUAUGCCACCACAGCAGCCAUUUGGAGCGAGGGGGCGAGGCCGCACACAGCUGGCCCUUCUGCCCCGCACUCUGCUCCGACAGGCAGCGUCAGGGUCCAAAGCAGCCAAUGGAACCGCCCCCGACCCGUCUGCAGUGACACAGAGCAAGCCCUUGUCCAACGCCGACUUUGCCCAGAUGCUACGCAAGAAGUGAAACUGUCCUCAGGAGUUUUUGUACCAGGAAAUGGGAGAAUUUCAUACCCCAGAAAAGAAAUUAAAUAUUUGUUCUGGUUUAUGUGAGGUUGGUUUUUUUUUUUUUACUGAAACGUACAUGUGAGUAAAUUGUUAGCAUGGAGAAAGGGCAUUUACAUUUAACACCUUUGUACUAGUCUGCUUUGUCUAAAUUGGAAAUUGUUUCAUGGUAUUGAAUCCAUUUCUUCAUGAAAACACUUGCAGACCCCACAGGCUCAAUUUUGUGAAAUUCCAUAAUUUGUCCUAAGAUUGUCUUAGUAUAUAUGUUAAGUAGUGCAGCUCCAGUUUGAAAUGGUUGAUCCUAAAAAGGGUAAGAGCCGAGUGGAAGACUGGAGACAACACUGUACCUUUCUCAAUAACGUUGUUAUUUCAAUAUGAUUUCCAAAUCUGUGAAGGCCAUCCUUUCUUCAGAUCUGAGGAACAGUACUGGGUGUAUUUGUGUGAUUGCCAGUGGCCUAAGAAGCCUAGUGAGCCUAUAAGGAGCAUCUUUGCUUGGAUUGUAACGUACUUAGCUGGGUGUUUCUAUUCAUGCAUUGUCUUUUUAGUUGUUUUUUUUUACAUUUUUACUUGUCAGUGUAAGGUAACAUCAGAUUUGCAUCAAUAUGUUAUUGAAUCAAUUACAUCAGAUUUGUUUUUCAUAUAAAAUUGGUUUAAAAAAAGCCAUGAA